AUGCCUCACGAUCACGACCUCCGACAACGCCUAAUGACCACCCAUACCAAUGGCGCCGCGUCGGCGCCAAAACCUUCCCCCGAGCGCCGCGAUGCUACCGUGACCAACCCAAAGGUCGCUGACGCCGCUGCCAUCGCCGAGGCGCCCGCCCCGCCCGUCAUUACCGUCAAGGGUCCCAACGAUGCGCCUGACGCGGGGCUGAGAAGUCUCGAUCACUACAAGAGAGCGUUGCCGACAUGGCGAUACCGACUGCGCCAGUGGAUGUUGCCUUUGAUCCGCUGGGAAACACCUUAUCUGGCUUACUUGCAGGAGACGAUGCGCACACCAUGGCUGGAUAGUUACUUUGCGAUCACGGCGAAUCUUGGUACCCAUACCUUCUUCAUGAUCGGGCUCCCGAUGCUCUUCUGGUGUGGUUACGCCUCUUUCGGCAAAGGAGUCAUUCACAUCCUUGCCGAGGGCGUCUUCUUCACCGGCUUCAUCAAGGACCUCUUCUCUCUUCCGCGACCGCUGUCUCCGCCCCUCCAUCGAAUCACCAUGUCCGGAUCCGCUGCUCUAGAAUAUGGUUUCCCUUCAACACAUAGCGCAAACGCUGUGUCUGUAGCGGUGUAUGGCAUAUUGGUCCUGCGUAGUCCCGAGACUGCCCUACCAGAAACGACCAAGACCAUCCUCGAGGGUCUCUCCUACUUUUAUGCCUUCUCCAUCGUCUUUGGUCGUCUGUACUGCGGCAUGCAUGGAUUCAUCGACGUCAUUCUGGGAUCCGUCCUGGGUGCUGCCAUAUCUCUCAUUGAGUUCUACUACGGCCCGCCUCUAGAUGCCUACAUGCACAGCAGCUCAUGGUGGGCGCCCGCCAUUGCGGCCCUCAUCAUCAUUGCCCUGGUCAGGAUUCAUCCUGAACCUGCAGAUGACUGUCCUUGCUUCGAUGAUAGUGUAGCCUUUGCUGGUGUCGUGAUCGGGCUGGAGAUCGGGACUUGGAUGUAUGGCCGGACGUCGCUGGACUCGUUUGGGGCGAAUGCCCACAGUGUUCAGUCCAUUGACCUUGGCGCGCUAGGUUGGCACAUUGUGGCCGCUCGAGUCGUCUUUGGCGUGCUCGUCAUCUUUGUUUGGAGAGAGGUGAUGAAGCCAACCUUGCUUAGGGGGCUUCCGCACAUCUUCCGUCUUCUGGAAAAAGUCGACAUGAACCUUCCCCGACGAUUUUUCACACCGGCUUCCAAGUACAAGGUUGUCGAUCCCGGCUCAAGAAUGGACACUCUCAUCCCAUCCGUCAGGGACCUCCCUCGUGUGGUCCAGUCUAUCCGGCAUCCAACUACACGUGGCCGUUCCGUUUCGAUUGGUCCCCAGAGUGCUGCGGACGCGUAUGAGACGCUUGCCUAUCGCGAGCGUCGGCGGCGAGAAAGUAUCGGUAGCAACGGUAGCAUCAAGAGCAAAGGCAGCAUGUUCGAGCUCCGGGAGAAAAACGGCGACUGGGAGGCCAAGGGGGCCGCUUCAGGCGUGCAGGGCCAUCACGGCAACACGCUCGACGACUUUGAACGAAUGAUGGGCACUGGGAGUGUGUUGGCUAGCCCUAGCGAGGAGAAGGGCGAGCUGGACUUGACCGUCGGUCAACAAGAUGAGAUUAGCGAGAAGGAGAUGUUCUUGCGUCUUAUCCGGCCGCGCGUGCGGUACGAUGUCGAGGUGGUGACGAAAUUGGUGGUUUAUACAGGUAAGUGUCGUGGUUCACUUCCGCAAUAUCCGGAUACCCCUGGACUAUGCGACCAGGUGCUGACAGCUGGUGACAGGCAUAGCGUGGCUUGGUGUCGGCCUGAUCCCAAUUAUGUUUGA